ACCAAACCCCUCAUUCCCGGCCCCGACUCGCCCAGAGCUUGGCCGUGAGCUUGGCCCGAGUGUCCCGAGCGAUGCCAUGCACGCUAGCUACUGCAACUGUUGCAAGCAGCAUAUUGAAGAUUCAUUUAUAAAUGUGAGCUCCCUUGAAGAUUACUGCGGAGCCUAGCCACCAACUUUCUAUAUUUUCACCUCGACCUCGCGAGCCUGAAAGCGCUCUGCAAAGCAACGCACAUACAUUUUCUACACUGGAUAUUCCACAGCUGCAUCGUCAAGCAGCUCAGGCGAGACGGCGCGGACUCUACAGGUCAGCGACCAGCCCUAGAGUGGCCCCGCCCGGGCUCCGCACAGUCGAAACACCACACUCGCCCAGCCCAGCCCAGCCCCUGCCGCCUCUAAAGCACCAUGGACCCAUCCCCCACCGCUGCCUUGGUGCACCCACCCCUGCCACCGCCUUCUCAGCCCCCCGCCUCGCCCUCCGCGGCCAACCCCGCCGCUGCCAGCACUGCCCCCUGCCUCGACGACGUCCUCCACGCCCUUGACUCCCCCUCCCGCGACCUGCUGUACCGACACCUGGCUGCCGCACACGCCGUACGCGCGGCCCGCGCCGCCUGCCGUACACUGCGUGACACGGUGGACGGCUGCGUACGGCGCGCCGCAUUUGUCGUACGGCCGGCCGACCGGCGGCGGUGGGCGAGCCAGGGGCAGCUGUCCACGCCAUUGGUGCGCUGGCGCCGUUGCCGUGACCUCACGAUCACGUUGGCGCUGGACGAGGAGGCGUACGGCAAUGGGGCCGCUGUUGUUGCGGCCGCGAGUGGAGGAGCCGGAGGUUGGGGCGGAGGCGGAGGAGCUGAAAGAGGCUGGGGAGGAGGAGGAGGCUGGGGAGGAGGAGGAGGCUGGGGUGGAGGAGGAGGCGGCGCCUACACGUGCCUCAACCUCGCUGGGCUGUGGGUGCUGCCGCUGGUGAGCAGCGCGGCGGCUGCAGCACCUGUCGCCGCUGCUACAGCCACUACAGCCACUGCAACCACUACAACCAGCGCCGGCGCAACGGCGGCCGCAGGCGUGGCGCCGUUUGCGGGCAGCCCGGCGGGCACGGCACGCCCCGCAGCUGCCGGCGCUGUCGCCGCCGCCCCUCUGGGCCACGUGUCCCGGCUGGUGCUGCGCAGUGCGGACUGGUGGGCGUCGUACGGCCCCCCGGACGUACACGACUACCUGCCGCUGGUGUGUGCCCGGCUGCCUGGUCUGACGGCUCUUGACCUGACCGGCCUCACGGAGGGAUGGCCCGGCGACGCCGCCCGCCAGGCCGCCGUCUACGCCGCCCUGGCCGCCGCCUGCCCCGCCCUGACAGACCUGUGCCUGCCGCACUGCUCCGCCGCGGAGGGGCUAGCGGGUGGCGGCACAGGGGCUGGCGGGCGGCGGGCGGCGGCGGCGGGCGCGGGAGCAGCAACAGGCUCCGUACCAGAGCGCAGUGAGGCGGGCGAGGGUGCGGGUGCGGCCGGCGAGGCCUCGGCCGAGCAUGCGGGUGCAGGUGCCGGUGCGGGUGCGGGUGCUGGUUGCGGCCUGGCAGCCAGCCUGACGCGGCUGGCGGUGCGGCGGCAGCCUCGAGACCACGACCGCUACCUGACGCGGCGCGCGGCGGCGGCGGUGGCGGCGCUGAGGCGGCUGGCGGCGCUGACGCUGUGUGACGUGGAGGACGCCAUGGACGUGGGCCACCAGCCUCACUGCCCCGCCGGCGCAGGCGCCGGCACAGGCGGCGGUGCCGAGGGCAGUUCCAAUGGCUCCAAAGUUGGCUUCGGAGCAGGCGAAGGCGUUCGAGACGGCAGCAGCAGUAGCAGCAGCAGCAGUGGUGGCAGCGGCGGUAUUGGUGGCUGCGGCGGCAGUAUUGGUGGUGGCGGCGGCAGGUGGGACGUGCGGCGCGGCACAGGUGGCAGCGCCACGCUGUUCCUGUUGGCUUCGCUGCCGGCGGCGACGGAGACGGUGCGGCUGGUGCGGGUUGGCUUCGGCCGUGCGGGCGCAGGAGUGGGAACAGGAGCGGCGGCAAGGACUGUAGGGGCAGCAGCGCAGCAGCAGCCGCAGCUGCCGCCGGCAGUGGAGCUGCGACUGCGUGGGGGGCAGGUGUCGGAAGUGCGCGUGUGGUGGAGGCGCGGGCGGGGGCCAUCGGCAAAUGGGAUGACGGGCGCUGCAGGAGCUUGCGGUUGUACUGCGUUGGGGCCGGGCUCCGAGGUGGGGGUGCAGGCGGAGGCGGUUGGGCCGCAGGCGGAAGAGGCAUGGCUUGGGUCGUUGGGGGCGUUAGCAGCGCUGCUGGUUGGCAGUGGCCGAUUGGCGCCGCGGCUGGCGGUGCUGGUGAUGGACGAAGUGGGAGAACCGCCAGAGGACUGGUGGUUGCAGAGUGGCGAGGAAGCGGAGGCGGGUGGAGGUGGUGGAAGGGGCGCAGGGCGUCAUGCUAUAGAACGUGCUGGUGUGGCGGGCGUGCUGGGGGCGGCGACGGGGGAGGAGGGGCGGAAACGGCAGUGGCUGCAGUCGUCGCUGGCUAGAAGUCGUGGCGGGCUGCUGUAUGAGCAGGCGCUUCGGGAGCUGCUGGACCGCUGUGAACGCGUGGUCCGCGAGGGGUGAGGAUCGUGCGGACGGGGGCUGUACGGGGGAGAUGCCUUCUGGGACCGUGUCAAAACCCGCACGCUCGCCCAUGAUUCCAUGAGCU